GGCCCGGGACGCCGAGUGGGUUGCUUGCAUCGGGACUGAAGGGACUUUUUAAUAUUGGAGAGGGAGGAUAGUAAUGAUGAGACGGAAGAUGUUUCACUUUUUGAUGAAAGAGAAGAUGAAAUGUCUAGAAAGCCCAAGAAAUCAAAAAUAAGACAUCCUAUAGCCUCCUUUUUCCACUUGUUCUUCCGUGUCAGUGCAAUAAUUGUCUACUUACUUUGUGAAUUGUUAAGCAACAGCUAUAUUGCCUGUAUGGUGACAAUCAUCUUACUUCUAUCGUGUGACUUUUGGGCAGUGAAGAAUGUCACAGGAAGGUUGAUGGUUGGCCUCCGAUGGUGGAAUCAGGUUGAUGAUGAUGGCAAAAGUCACUGGGUGUUUGAAGCCAGGAAGGCAUCUGCUCAUAGGAGGAAAGCUAUUUCAGAAGCAGAGUCCAGAAUCUUCUGGCUAGGAUUAAUCACGUGUCCUUUACUCUGGGUGAUUUUUGCCUUCACUGCCCUGUUUUCUUUCAAAGUUAAGUGGCUGGCAGUGGUAAUUAUGGGUGUAGCAUUGCAAGGAGCUAAUCUUUAUGGCUAUAUUCGGUGCAAAGUGGGUAGCAGGAAGAACCUGACCAGCGCAGCAACUUUCUACUUGGGAAGGCAGUUCCUGCGGCAGACCACGCCCAAGGACGACCAAACUGUAUCUUGAGCUUCAUGAAGAAACACUACCUGCCAUUUCCAGUCUUUAAGGAGAAUGGGGCGGGGGGGGGGUGUGAACACUAUUUCUUGGGCUCUGUACAGGAAAUUUAUAAUUGUGUAUGGCUUUUUGUAAUUAAAUAUCUCAUAGAAGUGUUAAUUGUUACCAUUUCUUACAACGUAGAUUUUACAGAGCUCUUCUUAACUCAACUGACUGCUGGACUCUUUAAUUAAUUAAAUAAUUAAUUCUCCACUUAGAAGUAGGUUAAAAAAAUAGUGAUGACAUCUGUGACUAUUUAUAACGUUGCAUUCCGGAAAUAGCCUAAACUGUCCCCAAGAACUUUGAAGUCAAAUAUUUUUGCUGUUUCAAAACCAGCUUGUUCAAGAAGUCUCAUGAUGAGGACUUGAGCAACCUUUCCUCACAUGAGAACUAUGGAAUAUAACCUUUAAUACACGAUUUAAUGUCUACAUUAUUGCAAGAUCAGGUAUUUUUAAGCAGGUAUUUUAGAUCUGAAUUAGAUAAUUUGGACAAUUGGAUAAUUUCAGCUAAAGAUCAGGAAUUGAGAGGAAGAACUAAGGGUUCCAGUUUCACAAUCAGAAUGGAAAAAUACUGAUGCCUGUUGAUUGGCAAAAAUUAACUUUCUUGUUUGGUUUUGAUCUGAGCCUUCUUGGUUAUUGAGAUUUCCCGAGAAGCAAGGGCAAGUUCUGUUCAGCUUACUAUCUGAGUAAAAGAGAAUUCUCAGGCUACAACUAUGGUAGCCUACAAGGAUAUAGAUCUCAAUUCAUAGCAUCCUAUAGAGAGAAGAAGGAUUUGAGUAUGCUCCUUUGUGCCACUUAACAAGUUACUGAUAAUUAUAGAACAACUCUUCUGAAAUUGCUAGUAUCAAUUCAUAAUGAACCCAAACAAGCAACUUCAGAACUGGUGAAAUAAGAGAUUGAGCUAUUUAGGGGGCUCAUGUUACUAGAAAAAUCAGGCCAGGUAAUCCACUGGAAUGAUUUAAGUCAGGCGUACCCAAUUCCCGGGUCGUGGUCCACUACUGGGCCAUGAACUAUUUGGAACCAGGCUGUGUGAGCAGUGGGCUGGCAUGCCUGCAUGUGGGUGCAGCUUGAGUUGUGCAAGUGGUGGGCCAGCGCAUGUGCACAUGUGUGCGCAGCUCGACUUGCGCAAAUCAAGCUGCAUGAACAUGUGCAUUGGCCUACCACUUUGGUGGACAGUUCCCCUCUUCCCCCCUCCAGCCAGGCCACCAAGCUGCAAAAGUUGGGGACUACUGAUUUAGCCCAUCUGCAAAUAUAUCUUUACAAGUGUAAGCAAAGCUUCAGUGAAUUUAGAUGCUACUAAGAAUGUGGUAGAUUUCUACAAACUGUCCUGCUUUGAAUAGAGAGUUCUAUGCACAGGGCCUAGCUUGUCACAAGCACUGUGUUGCUUUUCAAAAAUCAGAAAGUUUAUUGAGUUACUACUGUUUACUGGAUGGACAUCCAAUUCUUCAUUUCAAACAUGAUCAAUUUGUAUAUUUCUCAAGAUGCUUAAACAGGAGUUAAAGUUGUGUUACAGUUACUGUUCAGAUAGUUUAUAAGUUAAGCUUAGGAAAGAAGUAUUGAUUAUAAGCAAACUUAAUGUAAGCCUAAUGGUGAUUUAUUGUUCAUUUUUAAAAGGAAAAGCAGUUGGCAAGUUUCUAUAUGAAUGGUGAUAGUUAAUGUUCAUAUUUGGAUAUGAAAAGUGAAGGUUCUUGGAAUACAGAAAUAAUGUAUUUAAAAUCUCUUGUUUUGCAUCGUGCAUGUUUGUGGACCUUUCAAAUUAACCUGUUUUUCAAAGAAAUAUAUUUUUUUAAAGCUG